CAGUGUCGAUUAAAUCAUAAGCAAACUUUGGUGAAAUAACUUGUUUCGAAUUCGGGUCUUAGAAAAUGAAGAGUUUGGUGAUUCUGAUUUUAUCUGGGGCCACGGUCAUCGUUCAGUCCGAAAUACAAAUGCUAUUAGCGAAUUGGGCAUUCAACCUCAUGAAGAUAUCUAAACCGACUGAUUUCCUGGGCAUAAUUCCAGGUCUUGAUAAAAUACCUGGAAAACAAUUCAUUGAUUCAAGUUUACAGAAUUUGGUAGAUGGAGCCGCUGGCUUCCGUUGGUGGAAUCCGAUUUCCUGGUUCGUUGACAAACCAACAACACAUGUCGUCGAGUACAAGGCGCCGUUGAUUGAACAACUUAAAGAAGGAUCAUAAUAGAUAUCUAUCUAUGUUUGGCCAAAAAUCUUAUUAAAUUAAAAUAAUUAUUUAUAUUGAACUAAACUAAAAUCAUUUUGGAUUUUUCAUAACAACUAUAAAUAUGUAACAAAUGUCUGUUGAACACUGAAGGCUAGAAUAUAUUCAAAAUUCAAGUGAUCCGAUAGGAAUCAUCUUGAAUAAUCUCUCAGAUAGAGUUCUUUCGAAGGAAAAGUUGAUCUUUUAAAAUACUUCCAGUAAUAGUUUUAUUAUACGAAUGUAACUGCUCAAAGCCAAACACAUUUCAAGAUGUCAAAUAAAAACUAAACUCGCUUCAUUUAA